CGGAGAGGCAGCAGUCUGCUGGAGCGAGCGGCGCAGGCAGGCGGAGAGCAGCGGGCCCGGCCCUGGGUCCCCGCACGCCUCUGCGGUCGUCGCGCCUGGGCCUUGGCGGGUAACACUCUGGCUGGCUUCUCUGAAGGAGGAGUCAUCAAUUUGCUGAUUCAAAUAUAUAGCCUCCUUCCUUCGCCCUUACCUCCUUGUUCUUCUAAGUGAAUUACUGUGGCAUUUCCAGUUACACACCAGCCUCUAGGAGUGCGCGUCUCUUGAUUGGAAUGCUUGUCAGCUUUUCAUCCUGUGACAAAAUACCUGACAAGAAUACCUUAGUGGAGGAAAAACAUUAUUUUGGCUCAAGAGCUUGCUAAAUAUGCCACAGCUGUAAUUUGAUGAUUACUUAUGAUGACUUGCUAAUGUCUGCCUCUCUUGCUGGGUUGCAAACUUUUUUCUUCUUCAUGACUAUAUCACUGGUGCUUUAAACCGUAUCUGGCCUCCAAGAGCACUGGGAAAUUCCGUAUUGACAAAAUCAACAAGUUACUCUAGAAGCACUUGCAAGGGAAGAAACAGCCAAAUCCUGGGUCUUGGAUCAUUUGUGGUAGAAGGCCUCAACAAUUUAGCAGACAGCCUCCUGAACCUUCACAUCUGGGUUGCUCCUAACCACACUCUUCAUCUUUAGGAAUAGAGGGCCAUUGAGAAACAGAUUCCUAAAAGUGCGGGUGGGCCAGCCAUGAGAGGGUACCUCGUGGCCAUAUUCCUCAGUGCUGUUUUUCUCUAUUAUGUACUGCAUUGUAUAUUGUGGGGAACAAAUGUUUAUGGGGUACCACCUAUAGAAAUGAAGCACCGCAAUAAGAUCCAGCCUUGUUUAUCAAAGCCAGCUUUUGCAUCUCUCUUGAGGUUUCCUCAGAUUCACCCCUUUUUGUGUGUGUCUGAUUUUAGGAAUACUGCUAUAGUCACUGGUAGUGAUCAGUUUUAUUUGCCCUAUGGGACAAAAAGAUCAGAGGCAUAUUUUAAACUUGCUCUUUCAAAACUGCAGAGUUGUGAUCUCUUCGAUGAGUUUGACAAGGUGCCAUGUAAAAGGUGUGUGGUGGUGGGCAAUGGAGGAGUUUUGAAGAAUAAGAGCUUAGGAGAGAAAAUCGACUCCUAUGAUGUAAUAAUAAGAAUGAACAAUGGUCCUGUUUUAGAACAUGAAGAGGAAGUUGGGAGAAGGACAACCUUCCGACUUUUUUAUCCAGAAUCUGUUUUUUCAGAUCAAAGUCACAAUGACCCCAAUAGUACGGUGAUUCUGGCUGCUUUUAAACCACUUGACUUAAAGUGGCUGUUCGAACUGUUGUCAAAUGGCAAAAUAAACACUAGUGGUUUUUGGAAGAAACCAGCCUUAAAUUUGAUCUAUCAACCUUAUCAAAUCAGAAUAUUAGAUCCUUUUAUUAUCAGAACAGCAGCUUUUGAACUACUUCAUUUCCCAAAAUCAUUUCCCAAAAAUCAGAAACCCAAACACCCAACGACAGGAAUUAUUGCCAUCACGUUGGCAUUUCACAUAUGUCACGAAGUUCAUCUAGCUGGUUUUAAAUAUAACUUUUCUGACCUCAACAGUCCUUUGCACUACUAUGGAAAUGCCACCAUGUCUUUGAUGACUAAGAAUGCAUAUCACAAUGUGACUGCAGAACAGCUCUUUUUGAAAGACAUUAUAGAAAAAAACUUUGUAAUCAACUUGACUCAAGAUUGACUCUCCAGUUUCCGAAGAUGAUGCUAACAGUAUUUUAUUUUUAUACUGCAAUUUUUAGUUUAUUUUUAAAUAUAUUCGAUAAACUUUUCAAAUUAUGUAUAUGAAGUCUGUGGCUGCUUGGUGACUCAUACCCAUCAACUUAAUUUCUGUGAAUAUAUUUAUGAAAACCAAGAGAGGUCUAGCUAGUUAUCAGGGAAAUAAAGUUUUAAUUGCAUUUUUUUUUUAAAAAUAAGCUACUGUUUUUGAGAUGUUUUAAAACAUCUUUUUAUAGUUGACUUCAUCUCAGACUUCUGAAAGGACAUGACUUCUUAACAAGGAGAUUUAGUUUACCAAACAGUUUUGACUACCAUGGAAUUCUGAGAGAUCUGAUUGGCUACUGUAUACCUGGCAGGUGGGGAACUGAAAUAUGAUUGUGCCUUGCUCUAGCAAUCUGCAACCACCUGGCUGUGGAAACCUAAGUUCACACUGGCUUAACUCUUCCCCUCUUGUUCCCUGCAAUUAGUUAAAUAAUGAUUAUGAUAAGUUAUAAUUUGGUAGAAGAAAAACGGUGGUAUUUUUUCUCUUUUUAAGUUAAAGGAAAUGGGCAAAAUGUGAAAUUCUGGAUAAGUAAAUAACUAAUUAAAUUACUAAAGUCU